AUGUGCUUCCUGACGCGCUCUGAAUACGACCGCGGUGUUUCCACCUUCUCACCAGAGGGACGUCUCUAUCAAGUUGAAUACGCAAUUGAAGCUAUAAAACUUGGCUCUACUGCUGUCGGUGUAGCCACUCCUCACGGUGUCGUUCUCGGCGUUGAGAAGCGCAGCCAGUCACCUCUCCUUUUAUCCACUUCUAUCGAGAAAAUACUCACCAUCGACUCUCACAUUGGCUGCGCCAUGUCUGGUUUGACCGCUGAUGCACGCACAAUGGUCGAUCACGCGCGCGUCGUAGGCCAGAACCACCGCUUUUCGUACGACGAGCCUCUUCUCGUCGAGAGCUGCUCCCAGAGCGUUUGCGACCUCGCUCUCAGAUUCGGUGAAGGUGUCGAUGAGCAAGACGACGACGAACAAAUGAUGUCACGUCCUUUCGGUGUUAGUUUGCUCCUCGCUGGUAUCGACGAGCGCGGCCCUCAGCUAUACCACACUGAUCCUUCAGGUACUUUCAUGCGCUACGACGCUAAGGCUAUCGGUUCUGGUAGCGAGGCUGCUCAGUCUGAACUCCUCGAUAAAUACCACAAGAAUCUUUCCCUAGAGGACGCUCAAGUGUUGGUCCUCGGUGUGCUCAAGCAGGUUAUGGAGGAAAGGCUCGAUGAGCACAACGUACAGCUCGCUCAAGUCACACAGGAAGAAAGCUUUCGUAUACUGCCUAUAAACCAACUCCAAAAUGCAAUCUCCAGGCUACCAAACCAACAACCAACACAGGAGCCCCAGCAGUGA